AUGGGUUGCUGCGGAGACCGAGAGAAGAUCGGUCAGAUGAAGUUGGAGCAGACAUGGGACUACAUUAAUCUAAACGACUUUAAAAGUAGCUCCUGCUUCACAGGUUUCUCCUAUGUGAUGGUCUGGGUCUUCCUCAUCAUUUCGGUCGCUGUCUACGCUGUGGAUACGUUUACUGCCGUCAAUCUACUCGCUUUCUCGCGAUGGUCAAGUCAGAUCAAACCAAAGAUUCCUUUCAACAUUUCUCGCUGGAUUUUCGCCGGCUGCAUUAUCGCCUCGUUUGUGUUGCUGAUUUACCGCUGGAUACGGGCCAUCCGCGUGAUGCGAUCGGGCAGUAUCGCGGAGAGUUAUCUCGACCCACUGGCAGUGCGCGUACAAAGUAUUCGCGUCUUCAGCCAGUCAAAAGGCUACAGGCGAUUCCUCGUUUUUGCUGAAUUGACCAAGAGUAAGAAAGGCGCCGAUUACGUCGCGCUCUUUUCUUACUUCUCCUUUGAAGCCUGGCUGCGUAUCAUUUUCGCCGACGGACCCCGUCAAGUCCUCAAUGCCAUUACCCUCUACUCAGUGCUGCAGUUGAACCUGAUUCCUGAGGGCAACCAUGCGGCACCUGAAGGCACUUCGCCUGUAGCCCAAUUCUUCAUCAACAUCAAAGCAUUGGCAGAGAAGAACUAUCAACAAGCCGUGAUUUUGUUUGGUAUGCUUUUUACCUUGGUCAUCUGGGUAUUCGCUGCGCUCAGCUUGUUUGUAUCCGUUGUCCUCUAUCUCAUUUUCCUCUGGCAUCACAUUCCCACGGAAGAUGGGUCGCUGAAACGGUUCUGCCGGCGAAAGAUCAACACACGACUGGACCGUAUCGUUAGGAAGAAGACUGCUAAAGCUUUGGCCAAGGGCGGUCUUCAAUUGAAGGACCGAACGCCUACGAUGCCUUUGGGAGAGGGCGAAGAGAUGGGUCCUGUCAAGGUGGCACCCACAUUGCCCUCUCUUCAAGAAUACCCAGAGGACAAGAAACCUAUCGUCACCGUCGCGCCGCUCUCUCGACAGCAGACUCAAACUACGCUGCCGCCGUACAGUUCGCAAACGGCUUUGGUACCAGCUGAAGAAGAAUCGCAUCAGCAGCCUACACUACCGGAUCUCGGAGACGAUAGUCCCUGGUUGACAAGGACCAAUACCCAAAAUUCAGCAUUCGAUUCAACCGCUGAGCCAAUGGGAUACAGUCCUCUUGACCACAAGCAAUCGCAUGCGCCGCCCCCACCCAUGCCUCCAAUGCCGUUCAACCCGAACCAGGGCAGAUCAUAUUCCCCUGCUAUGAACCGACCCCCUACCGCUCAGGGUCGUCCAGGGCCAAUGACAGCAGAGAGUGUAGGCCGUCGAACACCGGGUCCUGGCUAUCCCCAACCUCCACCCUCGUCAAUGGGCCGUCGUACACCUGGCUUCGGGCAAGAUGACUACCGUAACGAUAUGCCAUUGCCUUCUGUGCCUGGAGGUAACGAGUCUUAUGACCGUCCCUUUUCGCCAGCGAACAAUCGACCAUACUCGCCAGCAAAUAACCCAUCUGGUCGUUCGCUCCCUCUGCUAAAUACAACCGUUCCUGCCCCAAGGACUGACCCUGUCAAUCGUAGCUACACUCCUGGCGGAGGCACGGCUUCACCACGUCCACAAAAUAACGGCGGUUAUACUGCAUUUAACCCAUUUGCUUCGUCGACGCCUGGCGAUGCUCGCUCUCAAAUACCUGUUUCUCAGACACCUGUCUCUCGUACACCUGGCCCCCCUACGCAACCGGUGAUCCGACCUUCUACGGCUGCGCCGACUCGCAACGCUCCCUACCAAGCCCAUGCCCCGAAUCUACGCGCAACAACUACGUCUCCAUCUCAUGGAUAUGGUCGACGGCCGCCUCGCGACCAGUCGCAUGAUGAGGAAGAAUAUGAUCCUCUGUCAUACUAUGGCAGUGCUUAA